AUGGAUAUUUAUUGGAGUGAAUUUGAAAGUGCUGCUACUGAUAAAUAUGCACGUCAAUUUAUUGAAGAAAAUUAUCGACCAAAAGAUGAUAUUACAAUCUCAACAUUACAAACACAAAUUAAUAUAUUACAAGAUGAAAAUGAACAAAUGAGAAACGAGACAAAUGAAAUUAAAAAUCGAACUACAAUUGGUAUGAAAUGGAUGAUUUCAGCUAUGAAACGUGUUAAAAUGUCUCGUAUUGACCCACCACCAGAAUUCAGAGAUUGA